CGUCCCCCGAUCACGUCGUUAUCUCGCCUUUGACAAAUGAAAUCUAAGCCGUGGGCAAUUAGGCGAUCGGUAUCAAAUGGCACAUCUUAUAAGAAAAUAGACGACGCUGAUCUACAAUCGGAUUAUAUGCCGCAACAACUUAAUGCAGCGUUUGUUUCGAAGGAUGAACCAUGGAAAGCUAUAAUGCCUAUGAAACAGGUUGAUACAAGUUUAAGUAACGCACUGUCCACUUAUACAGCACUGACUAUAAAAUACUACAGUCGUAUGAUUGCCUGUGCGGUGUUAGCUCUGUCGUCGAUCAUAGAGAUAUCUGUGUAUUUAGUUGAAUUGUAUAUAACAUAAUGAGAUGUGACGUCAUCAAAUAGACCAAAAUCCCCGUUUAAAACAU